AUGUCGUUUAUUGAUGAUUUUAUUUAUCGUAGAGGCAUCCUCCUGAAUAGUUUUGUUGAUCCAAAAGAGGAGGAGCUUGACACGGAUGAUCUUGAGGUUGCACUGAUUAACGAGUCUUUCGAGGAACAAAUGAAACAACGUGAGCUCUUCAGUAAUAGCGACCUCAAGUCUUUGUUCUACAAUGGUAAGCAGACUACAACGGCAGCAUUUUUAAAUAAUGAGCAAACGCACUCACAGAAGCACAAGGAUUCAACGGAUUCUUCUUUACUGAUAAAAAUAUUACCGACUAGUUCUCCAAUUCGCUGGCCUCAUAUUACGCCCCAUUCAGAUUUUGAUGACUCGGAACGCGGCCGCCAACUAGACAUGGAAUUGGGACGAAUGAUGCUUGAAGGGGAGGAUGAAGAAGAAUCAACAUUUAUGAGUUCUUUUGACGACAGCGGCUGCAAAUCAACUUCUUUGACAAAAUAUUUGGAUAAAAGUGCGGAUGGAACAAGCGACGAUAAGACAGAAGAAGCCGAAACUUAUAUGGACAGUAAAGAAGAUAUUUCUAAAAAAUUACCUUCAUCUUUGAAUUCUGCUUCGAUACUUGAACAAAUGGCUGCUUUUACAACGCCGGCAACAAACACACAAAAUUACAAUAUUUCGUCGCUAACUUUUUUGCCAUAUCAUCAUAUGGCCGGAGGUUUCUUUUCUUCCUCUUCAUUUGAAUCCGCGACGUCUCAACAGGAAGAUGAAGUUAUGGCGGCUGCUUGUGCUGAUGCUGCGGAAGCUAUUGCAAAUGAUGUAGUCCAAUCUUUGUUUGCCGAUGAGCAAUAUACUCAAUCUGAGUUGGGUUUAACUGACGAUGAGGCUGAAGAUGAAGAAGAAGAAAAAUAUAAGAAUAAUAAUUUGGCAAUGACUUCAACUGCUAUUUCUCUUCAUUCAACCUCUCCAAAUAGUAAUUCUUUUUCGUCAUGCUCUUCUUUUUGUGAAAUCAACAAAACUAACGAAAAUGACUUAAAAUUUUGA